CUGUGGCUGCUGUUGUCUUGAAAUGAUUGUCUUGUUGCUGGUCGGCGCCUUAAGUGUGCUUCUGUACUGGGUGUAUAGGAUUAACUAUGACUACUGUGUUCUUGCCUUCUUCGCCAGAAGAAUCCGAACAAAGGAUGGACAGCCUGUAGAAAGCAUAGCUCCCUUGGCCAAGGGUACUACCGUAUUUGCCAACAACUUUGACUUGUACGGGAAAGAUCACGCUGGCGUAUUUAAUCACUCGCGUGACUGUGCAAAAAUAAUGGGUGAGAGCUAUAUUGAAUAUGGGAUGGGUACGUCCAUUUAUAAUAUUAUCGAUGCGGAUAACGCCGAGAAUGUACUAAAUGAUCCGAAUAUGAUAAACAAGGGAAUAGUGUACAAUUUUCUACACCCAUUUUUGAAGACUGGUUUAUUGACAUCCACUGGAAAGAAAUGGCAUGCGCGACGCAAGAUGCUCACUCCGACCUUUCAUUUCAAUAUACUGAAUCAGUUUCAAGAGGUUUUCAAAACAGAGAGCAUAAAGUUUCUACAGCAGUUUAAGGGUCAAGAUGAGACAAUCAUCUCAUUGAACGAUGUUAUACCCAGAUUUACUUUAAACAGUAUUUGCGAGACGGCCAUGGGUGUUAAACUGGAUGAGAUGGCCGAGAAGGGUGAUCGCUACCGGGAGAACUUCAAACAGAUUGAAGAGUGUUUCAUUCGCCGAUUGAGCAACCCACUUCUGUGGAGCGAUUCACUGUUCAACAUUUUUGCUGCCAAGGAUUAUGCUUCUGCCCUGAAUGUGGUUCAUAGUUUUUCCAGCGAGAUUAUUGCCAAGCGGAGAGUUUUGCUAAAAGAUGAGCUGGACAACAGAGAAUCCACCCAGGCCGCAGAUGAUGAUGAAUUUAUCACAAAGAAGCGUUUCGCCAUGCUGGAUACCUUGAUUUGCGCUGAAAAGGAUGGCCUCAUCGAUCACAUUGGCAUUUGUGAGGAGGUGGACACCCUCAUGUUCGAGGGCUAUGAUACCACCUCAAUUGGACUCAUAUUUGGCCUGAUGAACAUGUCUCUUAACACUGACAAGCAAGAACUGUGCUUUCAAGAGAUCCAGGAGCACAUCGAUGAUGAGUUGAGCAACUUGGACAUUAGUCACUUGAACAAGCUCAAGUACCUGGAAUACUUUAUCAAGGAAACAAUGCGCCUGUUUCCUUCUGUUCCCGAUAUGGGUCGUGAAACCAGUCGGGACACGGAGCUGGCCAAUGGCCUGAUCCUGCCAAAGAGCUCCCAGAUAGUCGUUCAUGUCUUCGACAUCCAUCGAAAUCCCAAGUACUGGGAUUCCCCGGAAGAGUUCCGGCCGGAAAGAUUCCUGCCGGAAAAUGCCCAGAGCCGUCAUACCUACGCCUUCAUUCCAUUCAGUGCUGGCCAAAGAAAUUGCAUUGGCCAAAAGUAUGCCAUGCAGGAGAUGAAAACGUUGAUGGUGGUACUCCUAAAACAUUUCCAGGUUCUGCCAAUUAUCGAUCCCAAGGAGAUUGUGUUUGAAACGGGAAUAACGCUGCGAACCAAGAACAAAAUCCAUGUGAAGCUCGUGAGAAGAAAGUGACUCAGCUUUGAGGGAAAAGAUUUAUUCCAGGAACUCUGUGAAUCAUAAAAUGCAACGUAGAAUGCCUCUAUCCAAA